AGCCGGUUUCUGGAGAGUUGGGAUUGAGCUGGAAAAGGGGAGCUGGGAACAUGGGCGUGUUUUGUGCUGAAGGUGAUUAACAUUGAGGGACGGCUGGCAGUUUGGAACAGUGAGUUGGAGCCACUCCCUGCGACUGUGGACUCGCUCUGCCGGGUCAUCUUUCCGAGCUCCGUGGAAACCUAGAGCGCACGGGACGGGAACCGGAUUAGUGAGGCAUCGAAACGCACCACCGGACCAGCGGGAGAGGGGACCAGACAGCUCUGAAACUUGCUCAUCAUUUCGGGAAUUUAAAAAAAAAUCAACACGUUUUCUGGGAAAGAGGAGUAAGAGAAGGCUAUAAAGAGGGGACAAAGAUGUCCAAGAUGGAGGUGAAGACAUCCCUUCUGGACAACAUGAUAGGAGUGGGGGAUAUGGUGCUGCUGGAACCACUGACCGAAGAAUCCUUCAUCGAGAACCUGAAGAAGCGUUUUGACCACAACGAAAUUUAUACCUACAUCGGCAGCGUGGUGAUCUCCCUCAACCCUUACCGGUCUCUGCCCAUCUACACAGCGGACAAGGUGGAGGAGUAUCGCAACAGAAACUUCUACGAGCUCAGUCCACACAUCUACGCCCUGGCGGACGAGGCCUACCGGUCCCUGCGAGAUCAAGACAAGGACCAGUGCAUCCUGAUCACUGGAGAGAGCGGAGCAGGGAAGACAGAGGCCAGCAAGCUGGUGAUGUCCUAUGUAGCGGCUGUGUGUGGGAAAGGCCAGGAGGUGAACAAGGUGAAGGAGCAGCUGCUGCAGUCGAACCCGGUGCUGGAGGGUGAGUACAGGACAGCUCCGGUCCAGCAGGGGCCAGCAGGGCGCUCCCAAGCACUGUGCUGCAUGAAACCUGUGUUUGUGCUUCUGCAGGGGAAGUACAUGGACAUAGAGUUUGACUUCAAAGGCGACCCCCUGGGCGGAGUGAUCAGCAACUAUCUCCUGGAGAAGUCCCGUGUGGUCAAACAGCCGAGAGGAGAGAGGAACUUCCACAUAUUCUACCAGCUUCUAUCAGGGGCGUCAGAAGACACGCUGAAGCGGCUGAAGCUGGAGAGAGACUUCAGCAAGUACAACUACCUGAGCCUGGACUCCUCUGCUGUCAACGGGCUGGACGACGCUGCUAACUUCAGGACUGUGCGAAAUGCCAUGCAGAUUGUAGGCUUCAUGGAAGAUGAGGUGCAGUCGGUGCUGGAACUGGUGGCUGCAGUGCUCAAGCUGGGCAACAUCGAGUUCAAACCCGAGUCCCGGGUCAACGGGCUGGACGAGAGCCGGGUCAAGGACAAGAACGAGCUGAAGGAGAUGUGCGAGCUGCUGGGGAUCGAGCAGGGGGUCCUGGAGAGAGCUUUCAGCUUCCGCACCGUGGAGGCCAAGCAGGAGAAGGUGUCCACCACACUCAACGUGGCACAGGCCUACUACGCCAGAGACGCCCUGGCUAAAAACCUGUACAGCCGUCUCUUCACCUGGCUGGUGAACCGAAUCAACGAAAGCAUUAAGGCCCAAACCAAAACACGGAAGAAGGUCAUGGGUGUCCUGGACAUUUAUGGGUUUGAAAUCUUCGAGGACAACAGCUUCGAGCAGUUCAUCAUCAACUACUGCAACGAGAAGCUGCAGCAGAUCUUCAUCGAGCUGACCCUGCGAGAGGAGCAGGAGGAGUACAUCAGAGAGGGGAUCGAAUGGACUCACAUCGAAUACUUCAACAACGCCAUCAUCUGUGACCUGAUAGAGAAUAACACGAACGGGAUCCUGGCGAUGCUGGACGAGGAGUGUCUGCGCCCCGGCACGGUGACGGACGACACCUUCCUGGACAAGCUGAACACGGUGUGCGCCGAGCACCAGCACUUCGAGAGCCGCCUGAGCAAGAGCUCCAAGUUCCUGAACGACCACACCCUGCCGCACAGCUGCUUCCGCAUCCAGCACUACGCCGGCAAGGUGCUGUACCACGUGGAGGGCUUCGUGGACAAGAACAACGACCUGCUGUACCGCGACCUGUCCCAGGCCAUGUGGAAGGCCAACCACAGCCUCAUCAAGACCCUCUUCCCCGACGGCAACCCGGCCAAGAUCAACCUGAAGAGGCCGCCCACCGCGGGCUUCCAGUUCCGAGCCUCGGUGGGCACGCUGAUGAAGAACCUGCAGAGCAAGAAUCCCAACUAUAUCAGAUGCAUCAAGCCCAAUGACAAGAAGGCGGCCCACAUCUUCACGGAGUCGCUGGUGUGCCACCAGGUGCGCUACCUGGGCCUCAUGGAGAACGUGCGCGUGCGGCGGGCGGGCUACGCCUUCCGCCAGGCGUACGAGCCCUGCCUGGAGCGCUACAAGAUGCUCUGCAAGCAGACCUGGCCGCACUGGAGAGGCCCAGCCAGUUCACAGCAACAAAAGAAGUACCAGCAGAUAAAGAGGUCCACCAUUGUGAUGCAGUCCUUCAUCAGAGGGUGGAAGUCUCGUAAGAUCCUGCGAGAGCUGAAGUACCAGAAGAGGUGCCAGGAGGCCGUCACCACCAUCGCGGCCUACUGGCACGGGACUCAGGCCCGGCGGGAGCUGAGGCGCCUGAAGGAGGAAGCGCGGAGUAAGCACGCGGUCUCUGUCAUUUGGGCUUCCUGGCAGGGGACGAAGGCACGCAGAGAGCUGAGGCGCCUGAAGGAGGAGGCCAGGCGCAAACACGCUGUUGCGGUCAUUUGGGCUUACUGGUUGGGACUCAAGGUUCGUCGGGAAUACAGGAAGUUCUUCCGGGCAAAUGCUGGCAAAAAGAUCUAUGAGUUCACUAUCCAGAGAAUUAUGCAGAAGUACUUCCUGGAGCUGAAGAACAAGAUGCCCUCGAUGUCGCCGAUUGACAAGAGCUGGCCAGCCAGGCCCUACAUCUUUCUGGAGGGGACCCACAAGGAGCUGAGGAGGAUCUUCCACCUCUGGAGAUGCAAGAAAUACAAAAGCCAGUUUACGGAGCAAAAGAAAGUGAUCUAUGAGGAGAAACUGGAGGCCAGUGAGCUUUUUAAGGACAAGAAGGCACUGUACCUCAGCAGCGUCAGCCAGCCGUUCAAAGGCGACUAUCUGGAAAUCAGCAAGAAUCCCAAAUACCAGAAACUCAGCAGCGCGGUGGAGGAGAAGAUCAUCCUGGCGGACACCGUUAACAAAGUCAACCGGGCCAAUGGCAAGGGGGCACCUCGGAUUUUCCUCCUGACCAAGAGCAACUUCAUCCUGGCGGAUCCGAAGUCGGGUCAGAUCAAGUCCAGUGUCCCCCUAGAAGACAUCACCAGUGUGUCCGUCAGCACGCAGAGCGAUGGCUUCUUUGCACUGCGCCUCAAGGAGGGCUCUGCCGCGGCUCUGAAGGGGGACUUCCUGCUGAGCAGCGAGCGCCUGAUCGAGAUCGUCACCAAGCUGCACCGCAGCGGGGCGGGCGGGGACAGGCCCCAGAUCGGCGUCGACAUCGUGGAUGAGUUCCUCGUGCAGUUCAAGCAAGACAAGGUGUGCGUGAAGUUCAUCCCGGGCGGGCCCAAGAACGGAAACAGCGCCACCUGCCGGCGGAAGAACAACCGCCUGCUGGAGGUGGCGGUGCCCUCGCCGUAGAGGGGGGGGGCGGCCGGCGCUUCUCUGGGACUGCUCGUGGUUACUGUGCAAUUCUCCGUUUUCCUCUUCUUUUUAAAAUCCUUUUAUCUCCAUGUGCGCUGCCACACGAUGAAGAAGAUACCAAUCCACUGCUUGGCGACGAGACAAGAAUGCUGUUCAGGUGCAUAUAUAUAUAUAGAGAGAGAGAAUCAAGAGAAAGAAAAAAGGUCUUCAGCAGGAACAGAUGACUGUGGUUAGUGGCGAGUGUGAUUUUUCUAAUGAUGAUAAUGAUCCAUUAGCUCCCGGUCCUGCUGAAGCUGCUUUUCCUGCCCUUAACCAUUCAGCACAUCCAGAAACACUCUCUCAUGCUGCACGUGGAGGAUUCAGAGACCUGCUCUGGAGGAUGAGCCUGCAGGUGGUUUAAGUUAGCCUCCUGGUUAAGAAUUGCCAGACUGGACUGUCAGGGGCCAUUAGAGGAAACUGAAAGGAAUUGUCAGACUGCCUGGAAUUCAGCUCACAGGUUACGAAUUCAAAACGCGCACCUGUUCCUCAUCUUUGUGUGUAAAGGAACCUGGAUCAUGCUCUUUCUCGGCUUUGUGUUUAGUUGUGCCCAUGUGGGGUAUAUUGCAUGCACAUGCGUGCACGGUUGUACAGCAUUUGUGAUCUGUUAAGUAAAUUUGUCCCGCUUUCUGGAUUGUUACAGCAAAGUGUACUGUAUAUUGCAGAAGGCAGUACAGAUCUAACUACACAUGAGCACAGUUGGUUCCUUUGUAUUCAGAAUUCUGGCGCGUUGUGUGUAACACUGACAGUAGGAGCUGUUUAUAAACCUAAACCCUGUUUAAGCGGAUAAUUAUCUGCUAGCACUAUAAACAUGCCAUUAGAAGGUUUUCAGCUUCUCAUAUUUUUCUUAUAUUUUGCUGUAAUCCUUAAAUAUUUCGAACGUUGCUUUCUUAACCCUUUUUGCAAAGCUGUACCAAUCAGAAUUCACUAUAAAAAUGGUGUCCGGAAACCGGUUCUGAGGAAUCCCGAUACAAGAGAAAGGGCUUUGAAUGAGAACCUUAGAGGCGUUAAUAAAAUCCUUGUUGUAGCUCUUUAACUUUGUUUUUUUGCCAUUUUACUGUUGUGGUAAGAUUUGUUGAGUUCAGAGAGGGUUAACACAGCCUCAAGAUUGCCUGUUCCCUGCAUGUCUGCAUGACUUCUACUUAGUGGGCGUCUUUCUCAGGACUUCUGCUUAACCGUUGUAACUUUGUGUAAAAGAAAUAGGACACAGUCCUGGGCUGAGAUGUGAAUUUUACCCGUGAGGGUCAGUAGAAGAUCACACUUCGAAAGCCAGCGGGUUCAGAAUACAAUCUAUCGCAGCAGGACACUCGCCUACUCGUUCUCCAGUGUAAACUGCUCAAUGUGUUGUGAUCUGCAGAAUUCCGGGUUUUGGUAUUAAUGACCGGAUAUGAAACAGUGGUUUAUUUUUAGCUGAGUUGCAAAUCUUAAUAUUUUAAUGCUUUGUCCUGGACCAGAUCCAUGUUUCUAUGGCUGCCCAUCCACUGUACCCAAGAGAGCAGGGUUACUGCCGAUGAACCAACUCAAAGACGCUGUUCUAGAUAGUUUUUUUUUGUUGCCGAUUUUAACUUAAAAUGUAAUGCACAGUUACCUUAUGUAUACCAGUGUAAGUAAUCAAAGGUGCAUUUUAUACUGAAGAAUAUUUAAAAUGCAGUCUUUUCAUGGUCAUUUUCUGGUAAUAAUUUUUCUCAAACUUUUCUGACAGUUUCUUGCAAAGAUUCUCAGAUUUUUAUUCCUUCCUUACUCAUGCAGGUGUGCCUACUUGACAUGUUGACUUUCAUUCUUAACAGUCCCAGUGAGGGGGAAUGUUUCUACUGGUAGAUGAAUGGGAAAAGAAAGGCUGUGCUGAACCUUAAUCUUUUGCUUCAGGACUUCGUGGUUUGAAAUUCCAGUGCGGUAUGCUAUCAUUGCCCUGUCUUGUCUCUUAUUUAAAAAAAAACAACAACAAAUGUUGUACGCAUUCUUGUUUUGUGCCUAAUGUAACCUGUACUGCAAAACAGAUAAAGUGAUUCAGUAGAAUUCAGUGUAACAAAACUACAAUUAAUCUUUUUAUAAAUUAAAAUAACAAAAACCCA